AGGCUCGGGUGCACGGGACUGCUGCGCAUUGCAUAGAUGAAAGCGACAGGUGACGUGGGAGAAGGUGACCACUGAUUUCAGAGUAAAGCGAGGACCGCGUGAGGAGCAUGCCAGCAGCUGCUAUUUAUUUGCAACUUAGAAAUUCUGCCUAGCGCUUUGGGCCCAAUACACAAGAGGCGUGGAGGAAGUGCAGUUGCAUUUAUUUUGCAGUACCUUCAGCUCAAAAGAUGGCUGCACAAUGUGUCACAAAGGUGGAGCUGAAUAUUUCCUGUAACAAUCUUUUGGAUUUUGAUGUAACAUCGAAGUCGGACCCUCUGUGUGUGUUAUUUUUGAACACAAGUGGUCAACAGUGGUAUGAGAUUGAACGGACCGAAAGGAUUAAAAACUGUUUGAAUCCUCAAUUUUCCAAAACAUUUAUUAUUGAUUACUACUUUGAAGUGGUUCAGAAAUUGAAAUUUGGGAUUUAUGACAUUGACAACAAAACUAUUGAGCUGAGUGAUGAUGACUUCUUAGGAGAAUGUGAAUGUACCCUUGGACAAAUUGUUUCCAGUAAGAAGCUAACUCGACCACUGGUGCUUAAAAAUGGCCAACCUGCUGGGAAAGGGAGCAUUACGAUUUCAGCAGAAGAAAUAAAGGAUAAUAGAGUUGUCUUAUUUGAAAUGGAAGCUAGAAAACUAGAUAAUAAGGAUCUGUUUGGCAAGUCAGACCCAUAUCUGGAGUUUCAUAAGCAGACAUCUGAUGGAAGCUGGCUAAUGGUUCAUCGGACAGAGGUUAUUAAAAACAACUUGAAUCCUGUUUGGAAGCCUUUUAAAAUCUCUCUUAACUCCCUGUGCUAUGGAGAUAUGGACAAAACCAUUAAGGUAGAGUGUUAUGAUUAUGACAAUGAUGGGUCUCAUGAUCUCAUUGGAACAUUUCAAACUACCAUGACAAAACUGAAAGAAGCCUCUAGAAACUCACCUAUUGAGUAUGAAUGCAUAAAUGAAAAAAAGAAGCAAAAGAAAAAAAGCUAUAAGAAUUCAGGUGUUAUCAGUGUGAAACAAUGUGAGAUUACAGUGGAAUGUACAUUCCUUGACUACAUCAUGGGAGGAUGUCAGCUGAAUUUUACUGUGGGAGUGGAUUUCACUGGCUCCAAUGGUGACCCCCGGUCUCCAGACUCCCUUCAUUACAUCAGCCCCACUGGCGUUAAUGAGUAUCUGACUGCCAUCUGGUCUGUGGGACUGGUUAUUCAAGAUUAUGAUGCUGAUAAGAUGUUUCCAGCUUUUGGUUUUGGAGCUCAGCUGCCUCCUCAGUGGCAGGUAUCUCAUGAGUUUCCAAUGAACUUUAAUCCAUCUAAUCCCUACUGUAAUGGAAUCCAAGGCAUUGUGGAGGCGUACCGGGCCUGUCUUCCUCAGAUAAAGCUUUAUGGACCAACUAACUUUUCUCCAAUCAUAAAUCAUGUGGCCAGGUUUGCAGCUGCAGCCACACAACAGCAGACUGCUUCUCAAUAUUUUGUGCUCUUGAUCAUCACGGAUGGUGUGAUCACAGACCUUGAUGAAACCAGACAAGCUAUUGUUAAUGCUGCCAAACUCCCCAUGUCCAUCAUCAUCGUUGGAGUUGGAGGAGCUGACUUUAGUGCCAUGGAGUUUCUGGAUGGCGAUGGGGGAAGUCUCCGCUCCCCAACGGGCGAGGUGGCUGUCAGAGACAUUGUCCAGUUUGUGCCUUUCAGACAGUUCCAGAAUGCUCCAAAAGAAGCGCUUGCUCAGUGUGUCUUGGCGGAGAUUCCCCAGCAGGUGGUGGGUUACUUCAAUACAUACAAACUCCUUCCUCCCAGGAACCCAGCCACGAAAUAAAAAGAGCUGUUACCACUUCAACAGAAUUGUUAUGCUGCCAGGAAACAAUACCAGCUCUUACAUAAAAUCAUGUAUCUAUUGUUUUUUGUAUAUUUUAUCCUCUGCAUUUAUAAUGUAAACCUGAUUCUUUAUGACUUUAUCUGUUUAAAGCUUACUAUUUUGAGAAGGACAGUGCCAAUUCCAUCUUUGCCAGUCAGUCCAGCGAUUGCUCAUAAUUUACAGUAAUUGCAGUGAGGUCGUUCAGAUUAAAACCUGGUGUAGGGAAAACUGAUUUUUGUUUCCUUUAUAUGAUGAAAAUGCCAUUUUUAAAUGUUUGACAGAAAGAGUGAAAAAUUGUUUGGAUGAAGUAUUUCACUAUUGCUAUACUUUGUACCUUGUAAAUGUUUUUUAAGCUAACACCCAUACUAUUGAUUGAGAAAGCUUCUUGUUAAAUAAUAUUGAAUUUGUUCCUAUAACUCGAUGUUCAGCCUUUUUUCUUGGAGUAAAAGCUACCUGUGCCUGGCACCAGAUUUUUUUGUGCAGUUUGAAUGCUGCACAGUUACAAAGCAUCUUGCACUCACAUGAGAUUUGUUGAAAAGGAAAGGUAAUUGUUCCAUGUUUAAAUAUACAGUCAACAAGUAAAAAUCUCAUGUAUGCCAUGUUUGCUUGCCUUUCUAGAGUUUUUUGCUUUUUUGUGGAAUACUGUAAACAUGGUCAGAAUUGGCUUUUCUUUUCAUUAACUGAACAUGAUACUCAGGAUUCUGUAGAGGCAUAGAUUGCAGGUGCAUAGAUUGUGUCAGAUUCUUCCUUAGUUUAUUUUGAUUGUGGUGUGGUCAAAUGCUUAGAUUGCUUUGUCCAGGAUACUAUGAGGACCAAACACAUAAGGUGAAAAUUUUCAUUCCAUUUUCUUUAAUAAGUGACUUUACCUAUUUUUUUGAAAUAGUAGUUUUAUAUUUUUCCUGCUAAGGUUCCAUAUAUUGACUUGUACUGAUUUAGAUAUUUUCUGCUUUUUUUUUAAAAAAAAUGGUUUUUGUCUGAUUUUCAAACUCAUUAUACUGGUUAUCUAUUAACCACAGGCCCUUUUUACAUUUUAGUAAUAUGCUGUUUCCUAAGUCUGGAAUGUAUACUAUUAAGCUUAAAAGCUGUAUAAGUUAAAAACAAUAGCAACAAAAAAAACUUGGGAGUGGUUAUAAUAUCCUUUUUAAAUUUUAAUUUUAUUUUUGGUACUGGGAAUUGAACCCAGAACCUUACUCUUAUCACUGAGUUAUGUCUCCAGCCCUCUAUUAAUAGUGUGGCUCACUAGUUGACAAGUCAUUUUAACAUCAUCAGUAGAGAAGAAAUUGAUCAUUGUUCCUCAUUUGGAGUUUUUAUUGUCUCAGAUGUUGUUAUUUCAGUUCCCUUUAUGUUUUUAUGUUUUAUUUUUUUGGUACCAGGAAUUGAACUCAGGACCUUACACUUGCUAGGCAGGUGCUGUGCCAUUGAGCUAAAUCCUCGGUCCUAAAAUGUUUAGUUUUAAUACUUAUCCUCAUCAUAUGCUGCUUUAUACUAACGUCAUCUUUUUUCCUCUGUUAUGCCACCAUUCAUUCAAGUGCCAUUCAAUCUUGAAAUGAAUUUAAAGAACAAAUAACCAAAUGGAUUUUCACCCUUCAUGUAAUCAGGUAUUACAAAUGAUUAUUAAGGUGAUGGUGCCUGGAGUUCUCACGCAUGCACAUACUGAGAAAAUAGGAGAGCCACUAGUUUAGUCACCUUACCUUGUGGUGAGAGUUGAAAUUGUAAGACUGUUAAAAAUUUAGAGACUGAUCAGGGAUUUACAGCUGCUCACUUUGGGUAGUUCCUUAGCAGCCUUUCCAGAGUAAAUUCGGGGCCUUCCUUGCUGUUUAUGCUGCAAUUUGACAUCCUUUACCAUUUUCAUUUUGUAUUUUCUAGAAAGCCAUUUCAGUUUUUCUAUUUUUUUAAUGGAAAUGACAUAUAUAAAGUAAACCAGAACCUCAGUAGAAAUUGUGAGAGAUUAUAUUGAGUUUUUAUGUAUGUUAUAAUGAUAGUACAUAUAAAAACUUACUCAUAUGAAUUGAUGUUAAAUGUGUUUUCCAUAUGCAAAUUCCCUUUGGAUAAAGUUAUUUCUUGAUGUGACACAAUUGUGUCUUGUUUUCAUUUUUAUUUUCUACAUAUUCCAAAACAGUAAGAUAGAAAUUAAAUAUCUUAAUCCAUUUUCUGCUAUUAUAACAAAAUACCACGGUAGGUAAUUUAUAAAUAAUAGAGGCUGAGAAAUUCAAUGAAAUGAUCCAAGUACUUUGUGAGGUCUGCUGUGCUAUAAGGUGUGAUCGAAAUAUACAAUGCAUGUUUACAUUUUUAAAAAACUAUCAUAAUUAAGGACAUUGCUAUUAAUCUUCUCAAAAUACUACCCUUUGCUUCAAACACACUUAUCCCAUUGAUCUUGCCACUUUCUUAAGUGCCUUAAUGAGAUGUGAUAAAAAGAAAUAGAGUGAAUGGUGCUCCUAAGCGCUGUCCAACAAAUGACAGGCUCAUAAAAACAUCCCAGGAGUCCUCACCCACUUCCUUCAACAGGCCUGGCACAGAUGACUUCUGGCUCAAAUGACUAUCAGGUGAGUGUUUUGAAUUGAUUCAGGAUAUCAAGGCAGUCGGGCCAGUGAUUUCCAAAACCAUUUCAGAAAGUGGCAAAAACAAUAGACUAAGGACAUUCAGAAUAAAGAAUAUUUUGAGAAACGAUUAAUGGCAAUAUGUAAUUAACCCCCCCAAGAAUUUACCAUAUUUUUUGAUCACACUGUAUGUGUCAUGCCAAGGUAAAAACAAGUGAGCAAAUGUGAGACAGAGGAAAGUGAGCCAAACGCAACUUUUUUAUCAGGAACUUUCAUAGUAACUAACCUGCUCUUGAAUAGCAUCAUUAAUCCCUUUAGAAGAGCAGAACCCUCAUGUACUAAUCACCUCUUAACAUUUCCAUCUCUUCUGUUAUAAUAGCAAGUCUAAUUUCUUUUUUUUUGUUGUUGUUGUUGUUGUUGUUGUGUUUUGGUGGAUCUUUUUUUUUUUUUUUUUUUUUUUUAUCGGUACCAGGGAUUGAACUCACGACUGCCUGCUUGCAAGGUAGGCGCUUAUGCCACUAAGCUAAAUCCCCAGCCCUAGCAAGUCAAUUUCAAUACAAUUUGCAGAGGGGUUAGUUCAUAGUAUAAGAUGAGUAGAGUACUUAUGAGGCCUAUUAUAUAUUAAAGUAUAUAUAAUAUUUUACUAAAUUACACAUAUUUACCAAAUUACACGACACUUUCUGGGGGCCUGGGGGAAUGUUCUAAAAAAUAAAGUAUUUCCAUUCUAUCAGUCAUGUUAAGAAUGACAGGAUAUCUGCUUAACUUUUAAAAAAAUUGUUUAAUUUCUUCUCUUAUGUUGCAUUUAUAGGGCAGGGCUUUGGAAAUGGAGGUAUUGCAAAAGGCAUCCAAAGUUGCUACUUUCAUUGACAUAAUGCUCUAAUAAGCAGGAGAAAAGAUAAAGCAUCAGAGAGACAUUGUGGCCAGUGUGUGGGACAGCAGAGUAAGAGGUCUAGCCCACCAAGGAGGCAAGGAACCCUUCUCUGAGGAUACAGCCUGUAAGCUAAGACCUGAAGGUUAGCUAGUGGAGAGGGUUAAAAUUACAUAAAGAUGUCAGGUAAACAGCAAAUAUGGAGCUGAAUGUUUUAGGAAUGGAAAUAAGGUUGAAUCUGAUACAUAUUGUCAGAGGGAAAGUAUAAGUAGUGGUUGGUAGGGUCGGCAUCCUGGGUUGGGGUGGGAGCACCGGGGGCAGGUAAGGGAGUUCAGAUUUCGUGCAACUGAGUAGGUUUCAAGAAAGAAAUGAUGUGACCAUAUUUGUAAUCUUGAGAAAUGUUAUAGGGGUUGGGAGGACUUGCAUGUCAGGGUAGUCAGAGGGACUCAGUUCACAGGGACACUGUGGGCGAAAUUAAGUCUAGUGGCUUUGCUUUGGUGACAUCCAGAUGGGGGAGCUGGUGAUCAUCACUUUGAGGUUUUUGAUCACACACUUUGCUAAGGACCUGAUUCUUGGUCUUAUUUCCAAAUUCAUUGCUUUUCUUCCCACAAACCUGCCUGCAUAUCAGCUCAUCUGUUAUGCCCAUAUCUCAUCAGUUCCUUAUUUCCUUAUCACUAAGCUGACUCAUACUUAUUGAUAACACAGAUUUAUGGGAUUGCCAGACCCUUUAUGAUAGCAAGAUCAUCACCCCUACAUUUGAUCAAAUUCUCAAAAAAAAAAAAAAUCAUAGGAGGUUGCACUGUCCUUAGAGAAUCACACUUUGGCUCAGCUAUUGGUUCUUUUCUCCCUAAAAAGAAAUGAUCAGUGAGAUAUCAUUAUAAGCAAAAUUUUGACUCUUCACAGCUUUGAACAGGAAAACUGUCUUCAGUAGACUUGUAAAGUACUGGGACAUAUAGAAGUACCAGGUGUUCCAGAGCUGGACUCAGAGGAAUUUCAGGAGUUGGAGAGCUAUAGGGGGUUCUCAUAGAGAAGACCAUCUCGUUUCUUGCACAAACAUUCAACAGGGGGACUUAAAAAAGACAGAAGUUCUGGCUUUGAAGCUUAUGGUCUAAUAUGGAAAAGGAACAGUAUCUGAUGACAAAACAGCACAGAAAUGGCAACUCCUUUAUGGUUGGAGUAUGAUUGUUUGUUAUGUUGGCUUCUGGCACCUUCGAGGCCUCAGAUGCUGCCCAUGGAAAGACAGUUCUGCUUCCCUCCCCAGCUCUUAACUACUGCCCCUUGCUGUCCUGUAACCACCAGAACUAUUCCUGCCAGGCCUUACAAGAGCCAAGAUCCAGGCAGAGUUGGCGUCUUUACUCUAACCUAUAUGGCACCUCUCCUCUAUCAUAUAUGUUCUGACUCUAAUAUCCCACCUCUCUUUCUUUUUUUUUGUUUUCCACUUCGCUUUCUUGCCCACACUCCUUUCCCUCUGCCUCUGGGAACUGGGUCAUUUGUUACUUAUAUCAGUGUGCUCUGCAAUCCCUCCACUUGUAAUGUUCUCCUGAAGGACAUUACUUCCUUUGCAGCCUUGUGAAGUGAAAGUUCUUUCUUCUUUCUGAUCUUCUACCACCAGGCUUCAUGCUUACCUUGGGUUCCCUCUGCUGUGAGAUAAAUUUUCCCUUCUCCCUCAAUUUGGAAAUAGACCAAGAUUCAGAUCUCUAACAAGUGUGAUCAGACACCUGAAGGUGGUCAUCAACUCCCCUAUCUGGGCUUUGCCAGGUUUGAAUUUCACUCAUUAGAUCAGUCCCUAUUGUGUUUUACAGGAAUUUGGUUCUCUACCUCAGCUCUCUCUCCAAAGGUCAUAUCCUAUAUCUUAUCAUUAACAAACCCUUCUCCAUAAUCUUGAUUUUAAGUACAGUAUUCCAUUUUCCAAUAGUACUUUGUUUUCCAUCUCUCUCUAGCACAACUCUUAACCAAGUGUUAUUGCUUAGUGCCUUCAGUCCACUAACCCUACCAACUUCAGUGUUUCUCAUGACAUGGCUCCUCCUACUCCUGUUCUGAAUUUACUUCCUACUAGUCAUUGUCAUGGUCAUUCUGCUGCACCACAGGGGCUUUCUUGCCCUUAACUGAGUGUGCUAGGAUAGUCCUGGCUUACACCUUUGCACUAGCUGUUGCCUUUUCUGAAAACUCCAAGUUACUUGAUUUCUCUGCUUUUUCGUCUCCUGCAUCCCUGUAUCCAAGGAUCAUCCUAUGAGGCCUUUGCGAUUUCCUUAUUAAAGUAAAACUUCUUUCCUAAUACUUUCAAUCCCUCAUUUUUGUUUUUAGAUUUUACUUAUUUAUUGGUCCUUAACUCUCUAAAAUGUGAGUUUUGAUCAGCUGGGGAUUUUGUCUGCUCAUUGCUUUAUCCCUAGAGCCUAGAAAAGACCUGGGCAUGUAGUAGUAUGCGUUCCUUAGCAGAUACUAAAAAAAAAAAAAAAAAAAAGAACAAA